AUGAAGGCUGCUACUGCUAUUGCCCUGCUGCCCUCUGCGGCCCUGGGUCUCAACCUCUUCCGAUCUGCACCCGCCGUGCUGCCCACCAAGACUCUCGGCCGCCGCGAGGACAGCUGGGGCGGCGCCGUCUCCCUGGGCCCGACCAAGUCGCGCAUCACCAAGGCCGUGACCACCAUUACGCCCGGCGAGGCCCCUUCGUCCCAGACCGGCGAGCUCUUCCUGUGGCCCGGCAUGUCCAACGGCACCGGCGAUCUCGUCCAGACCACGCUCGAGUCGUGGCCCGACAACAGCUGGUGCGGUGCCUCGACUGGCGAGUGGUGCAUCCGCUGCUCCCUCUUUGGCUCCUUUGGCCAGCUCGAUGGCGAUUCGGCCCCCGUCUCGGGCGACAUGAGCGUCGAGAUCGUCUACGAGCUACAGAGCGACGGCACCACCUGGCUCCAGACCGCGACCGACGUUGCCACUGGCACUCAACUCAGCAGCUUCUCCUACGACAGCGGCCCGUACAUGACUGGAUACGGUACUGGUACCGAGUGCGACGGUGGCUGCACUGGCACGGUCGCUGCCCAGACCUACAAGAACACCGUCAUUACGCUCUACGAGGCCGACUCCAGCUUUGGUGACACCAUUGCUACCAGCCAGGGCGCCACUUACUCUGGUCUCACCAGCAGCGAGAGCGGCAAGGUCUGGACCAUUGCUGAGAUUGACAUUCCUUCCAUGUCCUAA